CCCUUUGGUUAAGGCAAAACGUGCAUUUGCCUGGGGAAGAAGGCCCAUGUGUUCCUCUGUCAGUGCCUAUUAUAUCUUCAUCCUGUAUCCUCUUUCUCAUGGUCUGACAUGUUGCACAUUGACACACAACCUCGGAUAUAUUUCCCGUUGUUUAUGCCAUCCUCUAUAUAGAUCAUCAUAGCACAAGCAAGCAUACAUGAUGCCCGGCAAAACCACAACCACUCCACGUAUCACCAAAUUCACCAACUGUCGCAUCCUUAAGGAUAAGGAAUUGGUCGAACAGGAUCUUUGGAUCGAUUCACGUUCCGGCAAAAUCCUCCGGGACCAAGUCGCCUUCUACGAACUGCAUCUCUUGCCCGAUGAAGUCAUCGAUCUGGGUGGCCGUAUCCUGGCCCCCGGUCUUAUUGAUGUCCAGUUGAACGGCGCCCAGGGGUUUGAUUUCUCGGUACCACAGGCUUCCCGAAAAGCGUAUGAUGAUGGGUUGCGCAUUGUUAACAAGGGUCUGGCGCGGACUGGAGUGACUUCAUAUUUACCAACGGUUGUUAGUUCCACACCGGAAGUAUAUUGGCAGGUUCUACCCUCUUUGGCUCCAUCCAACAGCUAUCACCGCGGGGAAGAUGGUGCAGAAUCAUUGGGAGCUCAUGUUGAGGGCCCAUUCAUCAGCCCGGGCCGUAACGGCAUUCACAAACCCGAGGUGCUCCAAGCUUCUCAAGAUUGGAAGGACCUGGUCCACUGCUACGGCCAGGAGAACCUCAAUUCAUCCAUUAAGGUGAUCACCGCCGCACCAGAAGUGGGUGAUAUGGCCGCCCACAUCCCACGCUUCGUAGAACGAGAUAUCGUCUACUCCAUCGGCCACUCAGACGCCACCUAUGAGCAAGGACUAGUAGCGAUACAGAACGGUGCCUCGAUGGUCACCCAUCUCUUCAAUGCAAUGCGGCCCUUCGAGCACCGCAAUCCGGGCAUCUUCGGCCUCCUGGGCCAAAGCGAACGGCAUCAUCGGCCGUAUUACGGUGUGAUUGCAGAUGGGAUUCAUCUGCAUCCCACUUCCAUCAAGAUUGCAUACCAUGCCCAUCCUGACGGUCUCGUUCUCGUCACUGACGCUAUGCGUCUUUGCGGACUCCCCGAUGGUAUCUAUGAUUGGACCAACGGGGACCGGAUUAUCAAAUCCGGUGCUCGUCUGACGCUCGAGGGCUCUAAUAAGAUCGCUGGUAGUUCUGCGACGCUGAUUGAGUGCGUGAACAAUUUCCGGCGCUGGUCAAAUGCAUCUGUUGCUGAUGCGUUGCGUGCUGUGACUGCCACCCCUGCGCGGAUGCUGGGUCUGCAGGGUGUCAAGGGUACUUUAGAUGCGGGCGCUGAUGCCGAUCUUGUCGUUCUGGAUGACUCUGACUCUGAUGCCGAUCCGACUCUGACUGUUGACCAAGUAUGGAAAUUCGGUGUGAAGAUUUUCGACGAAGAGAAAAGUGUAUAGUUUUCUUACUUCCCUUUUGCUGUUUUGGUCUACAGAUUCUAAUACCUCUUUUGGCUCUUUACCACCUUAUAUAGCUAGAUGCCAAUAUAGAUAACCAAUAGAUUGUCUAAUUUUGAAUUUAUGUAUCAAAUUCGGAG